AUGAAGAUGUUAGACAUUCUCCACGAUGAUGUUUCGAUAGUCGAAAAUAAUAUAAUAAAAUUAGAAACCAAAUUUUCGAAAUAUAAAUUAGAACUAUUAAACUAUGAAAAUAUUAAUAGAGAAAAUGAACUGAGAUUAGCUGCUUUUACAAAAGAAAAUCAAGUUAUACGAAAACAUAUUGAAAUUUUAAAAGAAAAAUUAUCAGUGAAUUUGACACAAGAAAUUAUUAUUGAUGACGAACUGAAACACAAAUUGCACAAUCUACCAAAUGAAUUAUACAACAAAAUUAUGAAUCUUAAAAAAAAAGUAAAUAUAUAUGAUGAUGAACAUACACAUAUAAAAUCUGAUUUACAACAAAAUGUGGAUAAAGAUUUUAAAGAGAGAGAAAAUACAAUAGAGGAUCUUUAUAAAAUACAGAAUUUAAUUCAUGAAGUUGAAAAAAAAGACUUUGAAAUAGAAAAUUUUAAGAACCGUGUAAACGAUUUAUCUCAAGAAAAUAGUGAUCUUUAUAAAAAACUUAAGUUUCAUAAAGAAGAUUAUGAAGAUAAAUUAACAAUAUUAAAAAAGAAAUACGAUAGCAGUAUAAGUGCACUUCAUAAGAAACAUAAAGAAAAUAUAGAACAUUUAAAAAUGAAUUUUGAAGAAAUUAAUGGCGAAAAAAUUAUUUUUGAUUCUGAGAGUUGGUUACAAGUAUAAUUCAAUAACAACAAAUAUUUUUGUAUAUAUGCAUAUACGAAAUGAAGCAUUUAAAUGAGAACAUUUAAAUAUACUUCCCAUGGCAAAUUUAUACUCUAUAAAAAAUUGAUUACAAUGAAAUUUUCUUAUUCAUUAGCAAACAGUAAAGAUUCUCCAAUAUUAAAUGCCUCACAUUGUAUAGAUAUUUAUAAUACCAUAAUUUUUUUAUUUUUUAUUCUGUAAAUAAUAUAAAAAAAUAUGUAUGAUAAUUGUAGUCAUUAAGUAUUAAAGAAUUAACAAAUGUACACACUCGAAUAUACUCAUUGAUGAAUAAAUUGGACCUAAAUAAUGAUCACAUCAAUCAAAAAACAAUACUAAAUGUUAUUGAUAAAGAAGAUAUAUGCGAAACAGAAAAAUUAGUGAAUAUAUCCGACAACGAUAAAAAAAGUAUACUUGAACAUUCUACGUUUGAAAAAAAUAUUAACAAAUGAUCUUUUACAAAUAAUUAAAUUUGUAUCUAAUAUAGAAGAUCCAUCAAUGGAAACGCAACAUAAACCGAUAAAACUACAAGAAGAAAAAACACAAAUUCUAGAAACGCAUAAUUUAAAGCUAAAAGAUUAUAAUUCUUCUAAGAUAUUACUUAAUCUACAAAAACAUCCCUUAAAUAAUAUGGAUAAAAAUGAAAUUAAAGAAAAAAAUAUCUUUCAUAAUAUUGCUUGGGAAAAAACUAUGUUCUUUGACCCAACUUCUCAUAAAAAGAAAUACAAUUAUAACUUAAAUCCAAGGUAUGCUUUGUAUUUAUAAAUCAUAAUACUUUAUAUAAUAAUGCAUGCUUAUUAAGUGUUUAACAUAAUUAUCACUGCAUAUAAAUAUGUGUGUGUGUGUGUGUGUGUGUGUGUAUAUAUGUAUGUAUGUAUGUAUGUAUGUAUGUAUGUAUGUAUGUAUAUGUAUAUUUAUAUUUUAGGUUGCAAGAUAAUAAUAAAAAAUAUGCAAAUAGAGAUACAACAUCGAUAUCUACCAGAUCAACAAAAAAAAAUACUGCAAGUUAAAAUAAUUUAUAUAGUAAUUAAUUUAUAGUUUUUAAUGGGCAAGUUUAUAUUGUUUGUAUAUUUUAGAUUGAUUGGCAAAGAAAAAACUUCAUUUAUCAAUGUAGUGUACAUCAUAAAAAAAGUAAUAUUUGUUGAAAAAAAGUAUAAAAACCAUAUUUAAAGAAAAUAUACAUUACUUUGAUUACCUCAACAAAAUAUAUGUAAUAGACCAUAUUGAUUACUAUAAUUUAAUUGUCGACAAAAGUAUAACAAGAGUGAAGUAGUAAAAACUUUUUGAAAUGCAUUUAAUUCUUAUAACUUUUUAGAAGAUAUUUUACUUGUUCUGUUAUUGUUUCUAUGAGCAAGAUUAUAAUAAUUGUAAUUCCAUUGAAAAAACAUUUUUUUUUUAUUAUAAAGUAAUUAUUUAAUGGUUUUAAUAAAUAUUUUAUGAAAGAAGUUAAUUUUGUAUAAUUUCUGUAUAUUAAAUAAAUUUAUAAUUAUAAAUAUUAAAAAUAAUUUCUAUAAGUUCAUCAAUAUUAAUAGGGUAUUAAUGAAAGUCGAAAAAGAUCGGUUAUAAUAAUGUGUUUAAAACAUAACGAAUUGUAUUGUGAACAAUUAUUUAUAAUUUUACAAUAAAUAUCUACGAUAGAACCAUCAUAGUAUUGUACAAAAUCUGUAAUAUAUAGAUGCUGCACAUGAAUCGUUUAGUAAAUGAUUUACUAAACGUUUAUGUUUUGUGUAUAUUAUUGUGUAUCUAAACACAGUUAUUAAUCCAACUACAGAGGUUGCCGCGACUAAACAAAUGCUCCUUUAUAGAUAAACAUUUAUAUACGUUGUAUCUUGUAAAUACAACAUAGUAUGUAAAAUCAACAUUGUUGAUAGAAAUAUUUUCGCUAUGCAACUUUAUGUAAUAAUACAAAAUUUAGCGAGUAUAAAAAAUAUAAACAUUUACUCUUAUAAGCAUAAUAAUUAAAAUGAAUAUUAUAUGAAAAGCUUUUAACUUGAUAUAUUUAUUUGUACUUUACUAUUUCUAGGAUAUAGUAUACAUUUUUUUUUAGAAAAUAUAUAGAUGCGACAUAUGCGACGUUUGUUGCUAAAAAAAGAUUCUAUAUCAUAACAUGAUGUAAUGAUGUAUAAUGAUACAAAACUAACGUAGUCAAAUAAAAAAUUAUAAUUCAACUAUAAAUUCAUAAAAUAGAAAUAGAUAGCUAAAAUGAAAAUAUAACAGUAUUAUAAAAUUGUAUGUACUUGACAAAAAAUUAAGUGUAUACAUGUAUUCUAUAUACACAGAUGUCAUUGCAUUACGAUGAUAUUGAUAGUAAUAGUCUAUUUUUAUAAAUACAUCAAACGAUUUUUUUUUUCUUUUUUUGUUUUUUUUGUUUUUUUUACUAAGAAAAAGAAUCAAAAUCUAAAAAUUAUUUUACCAACAUAAUUCUCGUAUGUAAUAUAGGUUCUAUAGAUAUAAAUGAUGUGUAAUAAGUGUGUAAUAUAAAUAUAUCUUCUGAACACAAAAUAAAUUCAUUUUUACAUUUUGCGAAAUAUACAUUAAUAAUAUUAUAUUAAAUUUGAUCACUAUAAUUCAGAGAUCUUAUUAUUUUUUAAGCUGUAAUAGUAGCAGUGUUUUUGCCAAUAUCAUAACUAUAAUAAUUAUAGAAAUUAUUUCAUUCAGCAUUAAUUUUUAUAUUUCGUUACGAUAGUAUUUUUAAAUAAUGAAAGAAAAGCAAGAUGUUAUAAUAUAAUAGAUUUGGGUAUAUGUAUUUACAAAUCUAAAUAAAAGAUCAAACGUGUUAAGAUAAAAAGUAGUGUUUAAUAAUUUGCAUACGAGUAUGAAAUGUCUCUUCAAGUCGAUAAAAUAUGUAUUUAUUAUUUAGUAAAAAUUAAACAUUUUUCUUUUUCUUACCAAGAGUUCUAUUGUGACAAAAGAAUUGACUUGUAAAUAUCCGUGCAAUUGUGACCAUUGCUUUUGUGCCACAUAAUGGAUGUAUCUCAUGAGUACCAAAUAAUCUUGCUAAAAACGCAAAAGAAAUUUUUGUUUUAUACCUUUAACCAGAAUAUAUGACUGAAAAUAUUUUCAACUUACCACACAACCAUUAUUUUAAGAGCAUUCCUGCAAGUUUUCUGUUAUUCCCUAUAUAUAAUAAUUAGGGAAGAAAAAAUAUAUACAUAUAUAUAUGUAUACUAAUAAUAAGAAUUCAAAUAUUGUAUAUAUCCUUGCUGAGACUAUAAAUGAGCAACAUGGAUGCAAUUGAAAUGAACGUUAAGAAAAAUAUCAGAAUUUGAUAUUAAUAUUUAUGAAUAGUUAUUUUAAUGACGUUCUCCCGAGUUAGUUUUUAUCACAUAGAAAAUAUGAUCCAAUCGAAUGGAAUCGAAUAACCUAUGAUCGUUGAAUUUAAAAAAAAAAAUACGAGAACUAUAUUUAAUUAUAUAUGUAAUGAAAAUAUUAUUUCUUUACCUAAGGCAAACUGAAAAGAUUUAUUUCCUUCACGGACUUUUACUUUCUUCAAU